UGGUGCUCCUUAUCAUCUCUGCUGUUAUCCGUAUUUUGCUAUCACUCGUUAUUGACCCUUGGCUUGUUCUCGACUACGCUUCUGCCUGAUCCCAACCUGAAACUGCUCCUUACUGACCUUGGCUUGUUUACUGACCACGCUUCCGUUUGAUCCUUACCUGUUUACAUGCUACUGGACCUCCGCUUUCUCACCUCCUGUGACCUGCCUGUGUACCUAUCCUGCUGGUUUCAGCCAGUAUCGUGCUCCUUAUCAUCUCUGCUGUUAUCCGUAUUUUGCUAUCACUUGUUAUUGACCCUUGGCUUGUUCUCGACUACGCUUCUGCCUGAUCCCAACCUGAAACUGCUCCUUACCGACCUUGGCUUGUUUACUGACCACGCUUCCGUUUGAUCCUUAAUUGUUUAUACGCUACUGGACCUCCGCUUUCUCAUCUCUUGGUGGGGUUAUCCUGAGGACUGUGACCUGGUGCUAAC